AUGCUAUUGCAAAGAUUGUCGGGCCUGGCAGUCAUCGCACUCGUCGCAUCUACCGCAGCCACAAACUCGACAUGUUAUUAUCCUAAUGGUGAAAAGAACAACGGCGGAGCAUGUAACGCGAAUACAGAAGUGUCUAUGUGCUGUGGGCCAACGUUCGUUUGCUUAAGCAACGGUCUCUGUCAACCUGGUCCGGAUACCACUCGCACGUACGCAUAUGACUUUUACCGCAGUGGCUGCACAGAUGGAAGUUUCAACUCUUCAUCGUGUCCACAGUUCUGUACUAGCUCGGGCUACCAUAACGAUCGUGGUCAGGGUGUCAAGAAAUGUGGUGAUAGUACUUACUGCUGUGGAGCGUCUGGAGACUGUUGCAGCGACCCGGCCAACGUCUUUACACUUGAAGCCGCGGAGGUAGUCGCCACCAUAUCAGCGUCGUCUGCAUACAUAACGUCCAUUUCUGCCAACGAUACGUCAACAGAUGAUUUCACGUCAGAGAAAAACAACCAUCGUGCUUUGGCGAUAGGUUUGGGCGUUGGCAUCAGCCUGGGAGGAUUUCUCCUGGUAGCUCUUGCGGUUUUUUACAUCCUAAAGCGUAAAGCUAAGGCCAAUGCCAAUGCUGGCUAUGAGAAAAAGGAGGAAGUUUCUGAGCUGGAUGCACCAUGGAAAGCUCAAUUGCCAGACUCAAUCUCUGCACCUACCAAGGCGGGCUAUGCAGCACCAGCGGAUGGGGUGGUUCACGAGAUCGCGGAUGGAAGGACAGAGCCAUCAGUUGCACCACAAGAGUUAGAAGCGAACAAUACUUAUGAUUGGGAACCUCGAGAUGAGCCGCAGCCCCGCGAUGGAGGAUUUAGACCUGAGGAGCACACCGAGUAUCGACCUCGGAGGUAG